UUGCAGACAAUUGAAUUUAUUUGUUCACUUGCACUCACUUGCAUUUGUUGUAGAAAGCCCCUAGACACGAACAGUUGUAUAAAGAACGAGGACAACAUUUGGCCUGACGUUGUUGACGUGAGCCCCACACCAACCAAUCUUAAUUUUAAACAAACUGCCUUUAUCCGCGAGAAUCAUGGAAAGUCCAUUUUUGGUGUAGCUUUCAAUUCAGACAAUCGCAGCCGCCCCACGGAUCCCCUUCUUUUUGCCACUGUCGGAGGCAAUCAUGUAACAAUUUAUCAGUGCAAGAACCUUUCGAUGCCAGCGGAAGGCUCUAUCGAGGGACCCCCGGUUAUAUUGCUUCAGUCGUUUGCCGACCCGGCAGGCGAUGAUGAGGACUUUUACUGCUGUGCGUGGUCUCGCAAUCUGGACAGCCUAUCGACCAGCGACGUGUGUUCUGACAGCGCGUCAAGUCAACAACAGAUUCUCGCCGUCUCGGGCAAGAGGGGCAUCAUCAGGCUGCUUUGUCCAUCCCUCGCCAGCUGCCUGGCCAGCCUCGUCGGACACGGACAGUCUGUGAAUGAGCUCAAGCCCUACCCCACGCUGCUUCAACACUUUCCCGAGUUCAGCAGUCGCGACGCCCACGGGAACUACGUGGAUUGUGCACGUUGGUUCGGUUCCCUCGUGAUAUCCAAGUCAUGCGAGAACGCAGUGGUGGUGUGGAAGCCGGGACCUCUUGAUGCCGGACUAACCCUGCCCCCUCGACUCACGGCGAUUGACAAGCGGGCUCGGGGUGACAUGACUGGAGUGCCACAGGAGACGAGGUGCAGCGUGUUACACCAACUGCGUCUGCCCGAUUGCCAGUUGUGGUACAUUAGGUUCGACCUCGACUUGGCCCAUCGCCUCCUGGCCCUGGGAACGGGCGUGGGGCUGCCUCGCAUCUUUCUGUGGGAUCUUUCACAGCUCGAAAGUGCAUUCAAUUUGACUCCUAAGAUCUUGCAAGUGUCGGCCACAGGACUGGGUGGAGUAAACAACUUCGGAGCCAUUCGACAAACACGGUUCGCGAACGAUGGACGAACUCUCAUUGCUGUUGGCGACGGUGGCCUCGUUGUGAGGUUUGACAAGGUCGAAACAGAUGAAUGA